AUGGCACCCUCUCCCCCACCGCCGCCAGUACAGCCCUCUGCAGCCAAGGGAAAAUGUCCCUGCCUCGGCCUCCUCGUCGCCGCAGGACCGGAGGCAAGGAACUGUACUGCGGGGCAAGUUGGACGCGCCAAUUCGGAUGCCGAGGCAGGCCGAGGCGCAUCCGUGGCCCAGCCAAAACGCCCCCAACCGCGCGCUCUGGGAACACGUUGUCAGGACCCACCAAACAACAGCAUCGCCCGGUCGCAUCCCAGAAGCGAGCCCGUGAUGCCACAUAGAUCAUAG